GCUUUUAGCUGUCUCCACCCCUCCCCUAGCCUCUCUUCUUCCUGCUUCAGUCACCGAGUCCCCUCCUCCCUUUAUCACAGGGACAAACGCCCCCCACAACUCAGGAAGUGGGGGUGGAGGGUCCGAAGGGAGCAAAAGUGAUCAAAUGGCGGUGGCAAUGGGCACCCUAUCUUAGGCGUUCAAAUAAAGGACUAGGAAGCAAACACCCAAGCACCGGGGAACAGAACAGAAAGAAAGACGGAAGGAGCCAAGAGAGUUUUGGAGCCAACUCCUGGAGAGGGAGCGGCUGAACUGAUUCGGAAGUUGGAUCUCUGUACACAGGAAUGCGGAGAGAAAAAAAACAAAACCCACCCCAUUGCUUCAUUUCCCCUCUAAGCCUGAGCACUUUCUAUUGUGCAAUGAAAAGACUUUCCACGUUGAGAAAAAUUAAUCCCGAAUUUGCUCUGCAAAGGGAUGAGCGCGCCUCUGGGCGCUAGCCUGCUCUCAGCUGGGCGCGGAGACCGCGCGGUGGCCGCAGGGCGGCCGCGGCCAGGGCGCUCCAGGGCGCGUCCUCCGCGAGCGGCUCGGGGGUGGCGCCCGCCGGAGAGAGCUGGACUCCCCCUUCCGCGGGCGCCUGCACUGGCUCUUAGCCAGCCGAGGGCCCGGGUGCAGAUAGUCCGGGAACCCCGAGGGCGGAGAACUCCCCACUACGCCUGGGCCUCACAGGGAUGGCAGUUCCGCGAGCCCCCUAGGCUCGGGGGCUCCCCGUUUCCGUGCAGGACGCCUUUGGGGAUCAGGAGGGCUGGCGGCGCAUUUGGCGUCCGGGAGGCCGGGCCCAGGACGCGCGAGGAGCGCGAGGCGCCGGGAGGCGGGCGGGUGCACAUGGGUGCCGGCGGGCGGGCUGCCGGGGCGGGGGUGGGGGGGUGCCGGGGUGUGGCCUCCCCGCCUCCCGGGCGGGAUUUGCAUGUGUGUGGUGGCCCCAGACUUCCUGCUCCUUCUACGCUGCAGGUACGCGCUGGCCGGGCGGGGCGGGCAGGCGGCGGGCGCGCCAAGACGCGGGCACCUCCUCACCCGGACCCCGGGCCCCGCCGCGCAGCCUCCUGGCUCCCGUGGCCGCCAGCCCGCCCCGGCCGCACCGAGCGUCGGGCUCCGAGGUGGGGGCGCGCCCCUCGCCGCCCGCCGGACGCCUCAGUCCUCCGCACUGAGCUUGGCCACGCGCCCCUAGGCGCCCCUCACGCCCCGGGCCCCGGAGGGCCGCAGCCAUGAGUGAAAUGUCCAGCUUUCUUCACAUCGGGGACAUCGUCUCCCUGUACGCCGAGGGCUCCGUCAAUGGCUUCAUCAGCACUUUGGGGCUGGUGGAUGACCGCUGUGUGGUGGAGCCUGCGGCCGGGGACCUGGACAACCCUCCUAAGAAGUUCCGAGACUGCCUCUUCAAGGUGUGCCCCAUGAACCGCUACUCGGCCCAGAAGCAGUACUGGAAGGCCAAGCAGACCAAGCAGGACAAGGAGAAGAUCGCUGAUGUGGUGUUGCUGCAGAAGCUGCAGCACGCGGCCCAAAUGGAGCAGAAGCAAAACGACACGGAGAACAAGAAGGUGCACGGGGAUGUCGUGAAGUAUGGCAGUGUGAUCCAGCUCCUGCACAUGAAAAGCAACAAGUACCUGACGGUGAACAAGCGGCUUCCAGCCUUGCUGGAGAAGAACGCCAUGCGGGUGACCCUGGAUGCCACAGGCAACGAGGGUUCCUGGCUCUUCAUCCAGCCCUUCUGGAAGCUGCGGAGCAAUGGGGACAACGUGGUCGUGGGGGACAAGGUGAUCCUGAAUCCUGUCAACGCCGGGCAGCCUCUGCAUGCCAGCAAUUACGAACUCAGCGAUAAUGCCGGCUGCAAGGAGGUCAACUCUGUGAACUGCAACACCAGCUGGAAGAUCAACCUGUUUAUGCAGUUCCGGGACCACCUGGAGGAGGUGUUGAAAGGGGGAGACGUGGUGCGGUUGUUCCAUGCGGAGCAGGAGAAGUUCCUGACCUGUGACGAGUACAAGGGCAAGCUGCAGGUGUUCCUGAGAACCACACUGCGCCAGUCGGCCACCUCGGCCACCAGCUCCAAUGCUCUCUGGGAGGUGGAGGUGGUCCACCACGACCCCUGCCGUGGAGGAGCUGGGCACUGGAAUGGCCUGUACCGCUUCAAGCACCUGGCCACGGGCAACUACCUGGCUGCUGAGGAGAACCCCAGUUACAAAGGUGAUGCCUCGGAUCCCAAGGCAACAGGAAUGGGGGCCCAGGGCCGUGCAGGCCGCAGGAAUGCUGGGGAGAAGAUCAAGUACCGCCUGGUGGCCGUUCCUCAUGGCAACGACAUUGCCUCUCUCUUUGAGCUGGACCCCACCACCUUGCAGAAAACCGACUCUUUUGUGCCCCGGAACUCGUACGUCCGGCUGCGGCACCUCUGCACCAACACGUGGAUCCAGAGCACCAAUGUGCCCAUUGACAUCGAGGAGGAGCGGCCCAUCCGGCUCAUGCUGGGCACCUGCCCCACUAAGGAAGACAAGGAGGCCUUUGCCAUUGUGUCGGUGCCUGUGUCCGAGAUCCGAGACCUGGACUUUGCCAAUGAUGCCAGCUCCAUGCUGGCCAGCGCCGUGGAGAAACUCAAUGAGGGCUUCAUCAGCCAGAAUGACCGCAGGUUUGUCAUCCAGCUGCUGGAAGACCUGGUGUUCUUUGUCAGUGAUGUCCCCAACAAUGGGCAGAAUGUCCUGGACAUCAUGGUCACCAAGCCCAACCGGGAACGGCAGAAGCUGAUGAGGGAGCAGAACAUCCUCAAACAGAUCUUUGGCAUUCUGAAGGCCCCGUUCCGUGAGAAGGGGGGUGAAGGUCCCCUGGUGCGGCUGGAGGAGCUGUCAGACCAGAAGAACGCCCCCUAUCAGCAUAUGUUCCGUCUGUGCUACCGUGUGCUGCGGCAUUCCCAGGAGGACUACCGCAAGAACCAGGAGCACAUCGCCAAGCAGUUUGGGAUGAUGCAGUCCCAGAUUGGCUAUGACAUCUUGGCUGAGGACACCAUCACCGCCCUGCUGCACAACAAUCGCAAGCUCCUGGAAAAGCACAUCACCAAGACCGAGGUGGAGACCUUCGUCAGCCUUGUGCGCAAGAACCGGGAGCCCAGGUUCCUGGACUACCUCUCUGACCUGUGUGUGUCCAACCACAUUGCCAUCCCCGUCACCCAGGAGCUCAUCUGCAAAUGUGUGCUGGACCCCAAGAACAGUGACAUUCUCAUCCAGACAGAACUUCGGCCCGUGAAGGAGAUGGCCCAAUCCCACGAGUACCUGAGCAUCGAGUACUCAGACGAGGAAGUGUGGCUCACGUGGACUGACAAGAAUAACGAGCACCAUGAGAAGAGUGUGAGGCAGCUGGCCCAGGAGGCGCGGGCCGGCAACGCCCACGACGAGAAUGUGCUCAGCUACUACAGGUACCAGCUGAAGCUCUUUGCCCGCAUGUGCUUGGACCGCCAGUACUUGGCCAUCGAUGAGAUCUCCCAGCAGCUGGGUGUGGACCUGAUUUUCCUGUGCAUGGCGGACGAGAUGCUGCCCUUUGACCUGCGUGCCUCCUUCUGCCACCUGAUGCUGCACGUGCAUGUGGACCGCGACCCCCAGGAGCUGGUCACGCCGGUCAAGUUUGCCCGUCUCUGGACUGAGAUCCCCACAGCCAUCACCAUCAAGGACUAUGAUUCCAACCUCAACGCGUCCCGAGAUGACAAGAAGAACAAGUUUGCCAACACCAUGGAGUUCGUGGAGGACUACCUCAACAAUGUGGUCAGCGAGGCUGUGCCCUUUGCCAACGAGGAGAAGAACAAGCUCACUUUUGAGGUGGUCAGCCUGGCGCACAACCUCAUCUACUUCGGCUUCUACAGCUUCAGCGAGCUGCUGCGGCUCACUCGCACACUGCUGGGCAUCAUCGACUGUGUGCAGGGGCCCCCGGCCAUGCUGCAGGCCUAUGAGGACCCCGGCGGCAAGAAUGUGCGGCGGUCCAUCCAGGGCGUGGGGCACAUGAUGUCCACCAUGGUGCUGAGCCGCAAGCAGUCAGUCUUCGGUGCCCCCAGCCUGCCUGCUGGGGCCAGUGCUGCUGAGCCGCUGGACAGAAGCAAGUUUGAGGAGAAUGAGGACAUUGUGGUGAUGGAGACCAAGCUGAAGAUCCUGGAAAUCCUUCAGUUCAUCCUCAAUGUCCGCCUGGAUUACCGCAUCUCCUAUCUGCUGUCUGUCUUCAAGAAGGAGUUCGUGGAGGUGUUUCCCAUGCAGGACAGCGGGGCUGAUGGCACAGCCCCUGCCUUCGACUCUACCACUGCCAACAUGAACCUGGAUCGUAUUGGGGAGCAGGCGGAGGCCAUGUUUGGAGUGGGGAAGACAAGCAGCAUGCUGGAGGUGGAUGACGAGGGCGGCCGCAUGUUCCUGCGCGUGCUCAUCCACCUCACCAUGCAUGACUAUGCGCCGCUGGUCUCGGGUGCCCUGCAGCUGCUCUUCAAGCACUUCAGCCAGCGCCAGGAGGCCAUGCACACCUUCAAGCAGGUUCAGCUGCUGAUCUCAGCGCAGGACGUGGAGAACUACAAGGUGAUCAAGUCAGAGCUGGACCGGCUGCGGACCAUGGUGGAGAAGUCAGAGCUGUGGGUGGACAAGAAGGGCAGUGGCAAGGGCGAGGAGGUGGAGGCAGGCGCAGCCAAGGACAAGAAGGAGCGGCCCACGGACGAGGAGGGCUUUCUGCACCCACCAGGGGAGAAAAGCAGUGAGAACUACCAGAUUGUCAAGGGCAUCCUGGAAAGGCUGAAUAAGAUGUGUGGGGUCGGGGAGCAAAUGAGGAAGAAGCAGCAACGGCUGCUGAAGAACAUGGAUGCCCACAAGGUCAUGCUGGACCUGCUGCAGAUCCCCUACGACAAGGGUGAUGCCAAGAUGAUGGAGAUCCUACGCUACACGCACCAGUUCCUGCAGAAGUUCUGUGCAGGGAACCCUGGCAACCAGGCCCUGCUGCACAAGCACCUGCACCUUUUCCUCACACCAGGGCUCCUGGAGGCAGAGACCAUGCAACACAUCUUCCUGAACAACUAUCAGCUCUGCUCCGAGAUCAGCGAGCCCGUGUUGCAGCACUUCGUGCACCUGCUGGCCACGCACGGGCGCCAUGUGCAGUACCUGGACUUCCUGCACACCGUCAUCAAGGCUGAGGGCAAGUACGUCAAGAAGUGCCAGGACAUGAUCAUGACUGAGCUGACCAAUGCAGGUGACGAUGUGGUCGUGUUCUACAACGAUAAGGCAUCGCUGGCCCACCUGCUGGACAUGAUGAAGGCCGCCCGCGAUGGCGUGGAGGACCACAGCCCCCUCAUGUACCACAUUUCCCUGGUGGACCUGCUGGCUGCCUGCGCCGAGGGCAAAAACGUCUACACUGAGAUCAAGUGCACCUCCCUGCUGCCGCUGGAGGACGUGGUGUCUGUGGUGACGCAUGAGGACUGCAUCACUGAGGUGAAAAUGGCCUAUGUGAACUUCGUGAACCACUGCUAUGUGGACACGGAGGUGGAGAUGAAGGAGAUCUACACCAGCAACCACAUCUGGACGCUCUUUGAGAACUUCACCCUGGACAUGGCGCGGGUCUGCAGCAAGCGUGAGAAGCGCGUGGCUGACCCCGCCCUGGAGAAGUACGUGCUGAGCGUCGUGCUGGACACCAUCAACGCCUUCUUCAGCUCCCCGUUCUCUGAGAACAGCACUUCCCUGCAGACACACCAGACGAUUGUGGUGCAGCUGCUGCAGUCCACCACACGGCUCCUCGAGUGUCCGUGGCUACAGCAGCAGCAUAAGGGCUCUGUGGAGGCCUGCAUCCGGACCCUCGCCAUGGUGGCCAAGGGCCGGGCCAUCUCGCUGCCCAUGGACCUGGACGCCCACAUCAGCUCGAUGCUCAGCAGUGGAGCCAGCUGUGCAGCUGCCGCCCAGCGGAACGCCUCCAGCUACAAGGCGACCACGCGGGCCUUCCCCCGCGUCACCCCCACCGCUAACCAGUGGGACUACAAGAACAUCAUUGAGAAGCUGCAGGACAUCAUCACAGCCCUGGAGGAGCGGCUGAAGCCCCUGGUGCAGGCUGAGCUGUCCGUGCUGGUGGACGUCCUGCACUGGCCUGAGCUGCUCUUCCUGGAGGGCAGUGAGGCCUACCAGCGCUGCGAGAGUGGGGGCUUCCUGUCCAAGCUGAUCCAGCACACCAAGGACCUCAUGGAGUCGGAGGAGAAGCUGUGCAUCAAGGUGCUGCGGACCCUGCAGCAGAUGCUGCUCAAGAAAACCAAGUACGGGGACCGGGGCAAUCAGCUGCGCAAGAUGCUGCUGCAAAACUACCUCCAGAACCGGAAGUCCACCUCGCGGGGGGACCUUCCCGACCCCAUGGGCACUGGCCUGGACCCAGACUGGUCGGCAAUCGCAGCCACCCAGUGCCGGCUGGACAAGGAGGGGGCCACCAAGUUGGUAUGUGACCUCAUCACCAGCACCAAGAAUGAGAAGAUCUUCCAGGAGAGCAUUGGCCUGGCCAUCCGCCUGCUGGAUGGUGGCAACACAGAGAUCCAGAAAUCCUUCCACAACCUGAUGAUGAGUGACAAGAAGUCAGAGCGCUUCUUCAAGGUGCUGCACGACCGCAUGAAGCGGGCCCAGCAGGAGACCAAGUCCACCGUGGCAGUCAACAUGAAUGACCUGGGCAGCCAGCCACAUGAGGACCGUGAGCCAGUCGACCCCACCACUAAAGGCCGCGUGGCCUCCUUCUCCAUACCUGGCUCCUCAUCCCGCUACUCGCUGGGCCCCAGCCUGCGCCGGGGGCACGAGGUGAGCGAACGUGUGCAGAGCAACGAGAUGGGCACGUCCGUGCUCAUCAUGCAGCCCAUCCUGCGCUUUCUGCAGCUGCUGUGUGAGAACCACAACCGGGACCUGCAGAACUUCCUGCGCUGUCAGAACAACAAAACCAACUACAACUUGGUGUGCGAGACGCUGCAGUUCCUGGACAUCAUGUGCGGCAGCACCACGGGUGGCCUGGGGCUGCUGGGGCUCUACAUCAAUGAGGACAAUGUGGGCCUCGUCAUCCAGACCUUGGAGACCCUCACUGAGUACUGCCAGGGCCCCUGCCAUGAGAACCAGGUGAGCUGGCCUGGUGGCACAAGCGGCAGCCAGGGUGGCAGUGUGGACAUGCGGGUAGAUGCAGCCAGCUGGGGCAGGGAGAGAGGCUGAGUUCUCUGGAGCUGCCACAAUUCUGACAGGGCUUGGGCCCUGUGUCCCCCACUGCAGCACUGGAACAGGCACUGACCGCUCCAGGUUGACUCAUCCAAGAAGGCACCUGCCCAGGAAGAAGAAAAAUAAAAAAGCGUGAAGAACUCCGAGGGUGAGCCCACGUGAAGUGCCACAACAUCCUACAUCCUGGCGCUGCAGCUCUCCAGGCACAAUAAACAGCUGCAGCACCUGCUGAAGCCGGUGAAGCGCAUUCAAGAGGAGGAGGCCGAGGGUAUCUCUUCCAUGCUCAGCCUCAACAACAAGCAGCUGUCACAGAUGCUCAAGUCCUCAGUGCCAGCACAGGAGGAGGAGGAAGACCCCCUGGCCUACUACGAGAACCACACGUCCCAGAUCGAGAUUGUGCGGCAGGACCGCAGCAUGGAGCAGAUCGUGUUCCCAGUGCCCGGCAUCUGCCAGUUCCUGACGGAGGAGACCAAGCACCGGCUCUUCACCACUACCGAGCAGGACGAGCAGGGCAGCAAAGUGAGCGACUUCUUUGACCAGUCCUCCUUCCUGCACAACGAGAUGGAGUGGCAGCGCAAGCUCCGCAGCAUGCCGCUGAUCUACUGGUUCUCCCGCCGCAUGACCCUGUGGGGCAGCAUCUCCUUCAACCUGGCUGUGUUUAUCAACAUCAUCAUUGCCUUCUUCUACCCCUACAUGGAGGGCGCGUCCACAGGCGUGCUGGACUCCCCUCUCAUCUCACUGCUGUUCUGGAUCCUCAUCUGCUUCUCCAUCGCGGCCCUGUUCACCAAGCGCUACAGCAUUCGCCCCCUCAUCGUGGCGCUCAUCCUACGCUCCAUCUACUAUCUGGGCAUCGGGCCCACGCUCAACAUCCUGGGUGCCCUCAAUCUGACCAAUAAGAUCGUGUUUGUGGUGAGCUUCGUGGGCAACCGUGGCACCUUCAUCCGGGGCUAUAAGGCCAUGGUCAUGGACAUGGAAUUCCUCUACCACGUGGGCUACAUCCUGACCAGUGUCCUGGGCCUCUUUGCUCAUGAGCUGUUCUACAGCAUCCUGCUCUUUGACCUCAUCUACCGCGAGGAGACCCUGUUCAACGUCAUCAAGAGUGUGACCCGCAAUGGCCGCUCCAUCCUGCUGACAGCCCUGCUGGCCCUCAUCCUGGUCUACCUCUUCUCCAUCGUUGGCUUCCUCUUCCUCAAGGAUGACUUCAUCCUUGAGGUCGACCGACUGCCCAACAACCACUCCACAGCCAGCCCCCUGGGGAUGCCACAUGGAGCUGCUGCAUUUGUGGACACCUGCAGUGGGGACAAGAUGGACUGUGUCUCAGGGGUCUCGGUGCCCGAGGUCCUGGAAGAGGAUGGGGAGCUGGACAGCACAGAGCGGGCCUGUGACACUCUGCUGAUGUGCAUCGUCACUGUCAUGAACCAUGGGCUACGCAACGGUGGUGGUGUAGGCGACAUUCUCCGCAAGCCCUCCAAAGAUGAGUCUCUCUUCCCAGCGAGAGUGGUCUAUGACCUCCUGUUCUUCUUCAUCGUCAUCAUCAUCGUGCUGAACCUCAUCUUUGGGGUAAUCAUCGACACCUUCGCUGACCUGCGUAGUGAGAAGCAGAAGAAGGAGGAGAUUCUCAAGACGACAUGCUUCAUCUGUGGUCUGGAGAGGGACAAGUUUGAUAACAAGACGGUGUCAUUUGAGGAACACAUCAAGCUGGAGCACAACAUGUGGAACUACUUGUACUUCAUUGUCCUGGUCCGCGUGAAGAACAAGACCGACUACACGGGCCCCGAGAGCUACGUGGCCCAAAUGAUCAAGAACAAGAACCUGGACUGGUUCCCCCGGAUGCGGGCCAUGUCCCUUGUCAGCAACGAGGGCGAGGGGGAGCAGAAUGAGAUUCGGAUUCUCCAGGACAAGCUCAACUCCACCAUGAAGCUGGUGUCCCACCUCACUGCCCAGCUCAACGAGCUCAAGGAGCAGAUGACAGAGCAGCGGAAACGCAGGCAACGCCUAGGCUUUGUGGAUGUCCAGAACUGCAUGAGCCGCUGAGAAGAGCCACUGAAGGCCCCAGCAGGGGAUGCUCAUCACUGGAGACUGCGAUUGUGAAGAACACUGCCCCCUCCCCCGGGUUGGGUGGCCCAGCCAGCUGGCCAGCCUCCACCCCUACUCUGCCAGACACCCCGACACCCACCCACGCUUUCAACAGCAUGGAGGGGGAGCCUCAGAGCUCACAGACCUGCUUAGAGCCCUUAAAAAAAAAAAGACUUGAAAGUUCACUGGGACUCAGUUUACCUUAAUGCCUUAGCAGAAGACAAAUCCUACCUAGAGACCUUUGUCCCUUAAAGCAAUAACUGACAACUCUUUGUAGUCCUCCUCAUGGGUAGUUAAAAGUGGGGUCACCCCUUUAUCUCCAAGCACUACAUUUUGGCUGCUGCCGGCCUCUGGGGAGGUGGCAGUAAUGCUAUUACUAGUGAUUUUAGGGCUUUGUUAUUUAACUUAUUCCAAGGGUGCUGUGCUCAGCCCUGCCCAUGGCUGUACAGCUCCCUCCGUGCCUCAGAUCUGCUGUAGCCAGUGCAGACCUCACUGUCGUGUCCAUGCCACCCUGGCAUGGCUGUAGGUGGCCUGAUGACUCCAUGAUGGACGAUCUUGCUCCUGGGACCUGCCUCUUCCCAGGCUUCCUGGGGGAGAGUUGUAUGCCCAGGCAAACAAGGGCUGAGCGGCGUUCGCAUGGCUGUUUCAUGACCGCUUGUUUUUCUCCUUUUGGUGUAAUGUUUUACAAAUCCUUUGGCCUGAGAACUAAUAUGUUAAUUGCCUUAAAUAAAUUAAUAGAAGUCUAGUCCGUUAAAAA